AUGAACAAGACCAAAGCUCUUAAUGUGGUUCUUCCAUUACUGUUCGGUAAGAACUGGAGUUCAGAUCGAAGUGUCCCUACACACAUUCCAGAUCAGUGCAGAAACAGCACUGACCUCACCGUCUUUCUGGUCACCUCAUAUAGCCUGGAGACCAUCCUAGGCAUUGUAGGGAAUAUGUGUCUGAUUGGUGUCAUAGCCAAACAGAAAGAAAAGGCCAAUGUGACCAACAUCCUCAUUUCUAACUUGGUAGUCUCUGACUUGUUCAUGGUUAUUGUCUGCCUCCCUUUCACCAUUGUCUACACCAUAAUGGAUUACUGGAUAUUUGGUGAGGUCAUGUGCAAAAUGACCUCCUUCACCCAGUGUGCAUCUGUGACUGUGUCAAUUCUCUCCCUGGUUCUCAUUGCUCUGGAAAGACACCAGCUCAUCAUAAACCCAACUGGCUGGAGGCCAAGCGUCACCCAAGCCUAUCUGGGGAUUGUAGUUACAUGGACAUUAGCCUGCCUGGUGUCCCUACCUUUCCUGACCACCUCCAUUUUGACAAAUGACUUGUACAAGCAGCUCUCUUAUUUCAUGAAUUAUUCCACUGACAAGGCCAUAUGCAUGGACUCAUGGCCUUCUGAGCAACAAAGACUCAUCUACACCACCACCUUAUUGCUGUUCCAGUACUUCAUCCCCCUCUUUUUUAUCAUGCUUUGCUACGUGCGUAUCUACAUACACCUGCAGAAAAGAAAGGAAAUGUUUGAGAAGAAUGAAUAUAGUAACAGGACAGUUCAACUGAAGAGAAUAAAUUUUUUGUUAGCAUCCAUGGUUGCUGCCUUUGCUAUUUGCUGGUUACCUCUGCACAUUUUCAAUACCAUUGAGGACUGGAAUUAUAAAGCCAUUCCUCCUUGCCACCAUAACCUAAUCUUUUCAUUGUGCCACCUGGUAGCCAUGGCUUCCACCUGUGUCAACCCAGUUAUCUAUGGCUUCCUAAACAGUAAUUUCAAAAAAGAAAUGAAGUCACUGAUUCUGAACUGUCAGCGUAAUUCAUUGACAAUAUCAGUGGAAGAAUAUGAGCAUUUACCUUUAUCAACCAUGCAAUCAGAGGUCUCCAAGGGCUCCAUGAUGCUAAGCUCCAGACAUAAUUCCAUCUAGAAAUGAAAGACGUCUUCAGAAGUGUCUGGA